UUCUCUCAUUUUUUUUUUUGAGAAAAAACUUCAAAUAUAUAAAUUGAUAAUUGUUUUCCUUCACCUGCAAAUUGUCAAAAUAGUGAAAUUAUUGUAAUGAUAUGAAGGUUUUUAAUGGAACAUCUUGCUUUAAUUUUGAGAGAGAGAGAGAGAGAGAGAGAGAGAGAGAGAGAGAGAGAGAGAGAGAGAUAUUUAGAAAUAACAGACUUAUUGAAUUUCAACUUCAUAAACAACAUCCUUGGCGUUGUUCCAACAUUGUACAGAUUUUGGGGGACACUCUAUGCUCUCAUUUCAGUCCAGUAUCAUUAUUUGUAUCGGCUGUUCAUCUUAAUGUAAUUCAGAAAAUUCUGUCAAAUGACCUGGUGAUUGCACUUGCCUUUAACUUACUAAUUUUUCUAAGCUCUGAUUUAUAUUUCAGCAAAUACACCUCCCUAUCCUGGCUUUAUGAAUUAUUUAUGACACAUGACGAAGGGUUAAACAAAGGUCAGAAAAUAGUGUUGAUAACGCAACAGAACAAAUUCAGUGAGUCGCAUGUAUGCAACAUCACUUCAUUUUCACUUUUCCGUCGGGAUCGGUAUCCUGUAUUUUGCGCCUUUUGAAUUCUGUGAUCGGUGAUAUAGCACUGGACUACCAACCAAAACAAACUUCAGAAGUGGGUCAAGAUGCUGAGGAAGCAACACUUUGGUGCCAAGUAUUUACAUACAACGCAUUGAUUUAACAACCUGUCCUUCACGAUGUUCAUUGCUCGUCACCAGCGCUAAAAUACCCGUCCUUUGCAUUCUGAAAUGACUCGUUGCCUUUCCGAUAUAACGGAAUAAAGAUGAGAGAUCGCUGAAUGCAUUGAAGUUCUAGCAGACGACCGUAGAGCUGCUAUAUUUAGGUCACACGAGGACGUCUCUUUAGUGUUGGGAUACAUUGUGCACCACGGAUAUCACGGUAACACUGCAUGCUCCAUUGUGUACAUCAGAAAAAUCGAUUAAGAUCAAAGACAUUAUGUAUAUAUUCAAAAUCAUAAGCAUGAUAUAAGAUUACUUUGUAAUUCAUUUCUUUUUAAACCUUGUUUUCUUUCUAAUGAUAUAGAAUCUAUAUGAAACAUUUUAAUUAAAGCAUAAAAGAAAAAUUAAAAUAAAAAAAACCAAAAACCAAAAACCAAAAAAAAAAAACUUAACUAAAAAAUCCAAAGAAAAAACAAAACAAACCACACAUACACACACACACUUACAAAAUCCAAUGAAUUACUUCCGUAUGUAAUGUACCAAUUUAUUUUGAGAUUCAAGUUUUGUAAUUUUAAGGACAUGCAUGAUGUUUCUUACAUUUUCUUUAAAAUUAUUUUUUCAUCUUGAUAUGGAAAUUCUAAAAUAGGUUAAAAAUUAAUUUUCUAUUGUAAUGAUAUUGUCAGACUUUGUAUAUAAUUAGCCUGGGUAGCUCAGUGGUUAGAUCAUUAAUUGAGUAAUUUAUGCAAUGGUUCCAGGUUAAAUUCAAUACCCGAUUGUUCAAAAUAUUUUAAUUUCUGCUUUAGCUACAGUAAUGUCCAUUUAAGAGUAAACUAAAUAUAUAUUUCAAUCUAAUUAAAAUUAGAUCUUCCAUCCCCUACGAUAUGAAAACUGGGGAGCGGAUGGAAGGUCUAAUUUUAAUAAUUAGAUUGAAUAUAUUUCUACUUGCAACAACCAGGAACUAUCAAAAUAUGCUAACUCUAAAACAGACAUGGUAAUAUAAUCUAAGAAUUUUUAUAGAAAUGAGAUAGAAUGCAAAUGAAAUGUGAUGAAAAAUCAUAUUAUUGAGAAACGACACGUCACAUUUGUCCUUAUUAAAUGCUUGUACCAUAUUAUUUAUUUUUAUAAAAUUUGCACAUGACAUAUAUAGUCAAGAUGAAUGCAUAUAAAUAUAAUAGUAUUGCUAUUCAGUGGUACAUAAAGUGUAUUCUGAUUUUCAAUAUUGUAACCUUACCGGUAUCAAUGAUUGGCUUUGUGCACAGUUGUUUAUUCAUCCUUUCCACAUACACACAUAAAACCCCACCAUAUAAGAGGGGAGCCCCCUUGGGGGGGGGGGGGGGGGGGGGGGGGUAAGAAAAUUUGGUCACACCAAUUGAUAUGAUUAUGUAUUUAUUUAUUUCUUUUACUUAUUUCCUAAGAAUACUGGGAUAAAUCAUCAAGUUCAUAUAAGGACUGAUGUCAAUUAGUUUUGAUGGCUCCCCGAAUCUCCAAUCAGGUGCUCUAGCAACUAAACCAUUCAAUAGCCAUCAGCGACCGAACCUUUCUGACCACCACAUUCCUCCUGCCCUAAAUAAUUGUACACCUUCAUACAUCUAUCCAGGCAUUUUCACCUAUGGCACCAUAUGCCAAAAGAAAUCAGAAAUUUGUGACUGGACUGGAAAUCGAACUCGGGACCCCUAUAUUACUAGUCAAGUGCUCUUACCACUGAGCUACCCAAACCGAUAUCUAUGGUCCAUAUAGACCUAACUUCUACAGUAUAAAUCUGGACAGGUAGGUAGGCACAGAAUUGUUUCUUGGAGAACGCAGAUCAUGUUCUUAGAGAACUCGGAUCAUGUUCUUGGAGAACUCGGAUCAUGUUCUCGGAGAACUCGGAUCACAAUGAAGCUGUCACUUGAAUUACUCUUAAAUUGGUAAAAAUAAAAUAACUUCUUAAAAAGGCAUGGAAAUGUAUUCUGUCAUGAGUGGGUGGAGCUCUUUAAUGUUAAGACAUUAGAUUAUAAUUAAAAUUAUGGAGAUUUGGUCAUUAUAACUUUGAGAUAUAUACAUACAUGUACAUACAUGUAUAUUCAUAACUAAGCCAUUUUUUUUUUUUAUAUAUUUUUUUUUUUUUUAAACAUACAUACAGUAUAUAUAUACAUACAUCUGCAAAGAAACUUGUACAAAAUGUUUAUAAGAAACUAUCAAUGGUAUAUGUAUAUAUUAUUUUCUGAGAGAGAGAGAGAGAGAGAGAGAGAGAUGAAUUCAGUCAUUAUUUAAUAUAUUUUAAAAAGGUACAUAUAUAUUGAAAUUUAUAAAAAAAAAAUUAAAAAAAACAAAAAAACAACAACAACAAAGCCAUAUUUGUUUUGUGUUGUUCUAUGUUUUGAUAAAAGGAUCAUGAGUACAGGGAAAAUUAAAGGUAAUAUCAAGAAUUUCAGAAACUGAAGUAGCGAUGUUUAAAGCUCCAGUCUUCUCCUUGCUCACAUUUUUACAUUGUUUUGCAUCAUAUUCAUGCUUGGUAAAACUGGUGGAAAGUUUUUCUUGUAAAAUUAAUGUCCAGGUAUAUAACACAGCCAGGUCUAUAAAUACAUAUGAGAGAUUCCUUUCCCAGGUCUAUAAAUACAUAUGAGAGAUUCCUUUCUCAUUUACAGUGCAUGCUCUAGAUAUUAUAUCUACAUGUAUAAAUCUAGCUUCUGAAAGAAAAAUCAAAUAUCUUUUUUUUUAUAGUAAUGGAUAAUAGCUGUCUCAUCGAUAUCUUUUAAAGGUCUGUAAAUGAAAAAUAUAUCAUAUACACAUAUUAAAUAUGUAUACCAACUACAUUCUAUGCAGAAAAGGAUUUUUAAAUUUUUUUUUUUUUUUUUAUAAAUUUCUUAAUUAUUAUUCAUAACUGCAGCCAGACAGUUGUGGUUAGCUGAACAAAUAUGCAGCGGCUCUAGGGGGAAAAAGAAGAAAAAUUGCACGGAUCCCAAUGUUUUCCUGAACAAUUUUACUGCUAGGUUGUAGUUAUUGUAAUCUGAAAUUUAGAAAAAGGUGUAUUUACUUAUUGUAUUGUUUUCAUUGUAUUAAAAAAAAAUCAUUUCUCAACAGUUCACUCAUAUACAUGUAGUUGUAGUUUUUAAAUGGACUUUGAAACUGUUGACAUAGAAAUAAGAGUAACAUUGAGGCUUAUGUCUGUACAAAAUGUACAUACUGGAAUUUUUAAAGUAGUGGAGCUAAAAUUAAAAUUAAUACAGGUAUGCUGAAUAAUUAUAGAGGCCUAAUACUAAAUAAUCACAUACACUUAAUGUACAAUACCCGUUCACGGAGGAUGUAUGGACUGUUUAAUGGUCAAUGUUGUGUGACAGUUUUAUUAAUGAAUAUGAUUAGCUGUAACUUGUAUAUAUAUAUAAAUGUUUCACAUGAUUCAAUUAAUCAAUACUGAGUUGUGAUUACAGCUGUUUGUGAAUUUUAAGAUAAUGUGUUAAAAGAAAUGACCCAAGACACAAACAUAUUAAAUCCUUUUUUUCUGUUAUACAUUUAUUAUGCAACACUAAUGUCAUAUAUUUGUAGUGUUUUAGCAGUACACUAUCAGAACACUAAUGUUAUAUUUGUAGUGUUUUAGUAGUACACCAUCAGAACACUAAUGUUAUAUUUGUAGUGUUUUAGCAGUACACUAUCAGAACACUAAUGUUAUAUUUGUAGUGUUUUAGCAGUACACUAUCAGAACACUAAUGUUAUAUUUGUAGUGUUUUAGUAGUACACCAUCAGAACACUAAUGUUAUAUUUGUAGUGUUUAGCAGUACACCAUCAGAACACUAAUGUUAUAUUUGUAGUGUUUAGCAGUACACCAUCAGAACACUAAUGUUAUAUUUGUAGUGUUUUAGUAGUACACCAUCAGAACACUAAUGUUAUAUUUGUAGUGUUUUAGCAGUACACUAUCAGAACACUAAUGUUAUAUUUGUAGUGUUUUUGCUUCAUCAAUACAUGAAUACACUGAUGAUGGUUAGCAGUAUUGAUGAUGUUUUUGCAGUACAGCUGUAAUUUACUUGUACUAACUACUAGUAUUGUACAUUAUCAUUCAUACAUACACUGAUACUUGACACAGAAGUGUCACUGGUAUCUUCUGUUUGUACAGCCAGGUAUGUAGACUAAGCUCUUACUCCAGGUCUACCUGAGAACCAAGCAAAAAGCAUGAACCCAUUCGAGGCAAUCAGCUGUUGAACACACAUUUCAAUUCUUUUACAGAAAACAAUUAAAAAUGGCCAAAGACGACGAGAAGAAGGAACUGUCCAGGAUUGAUAUAGAAUACACUUCGAAAUUUGUCAGUGCUACGGAUUCAGAUCAGGCUCUUAGAAAAGGACCUCAAGAGGAGGAGUUUGUUCCCCCAGAUGGGGGGUGGGGCUGGGUUGUGUGUAUCACAUCACUCCUAACAAAUGGCACUGCAUUCAGCAUCCUCAACACGUUUGGCAUAAUAUAUGUGUACUUAAUCAAGGAAUAUGCAAAUGGAGACCCAGAAAUUUCAUUUAAAACAUCAUGGGUCGGAUCCGUGUGUACAGGCGUGACCUUCUUGAUGUGCAUCUUUGCCAGCAUAUGCAGUGAUCGGAUUGGUAUCAGACCGACGGCGUUUUUCGGUGCUGCUUUAGGUGUGAUAGGACUCAUUUCUAGUGCUUUUAUUACACAGCUAGAACUUCUAUAUCUAACGUACGGUAUCUUGCUCGGAACAGGAGGAGGAUUUGUGUAUUCGCCAUCCUUGGUCAUUCUCGGACACUACUUUAAGAAGCAUAUGGGUAUUGUGAAUGGGAUCGUAGCUUUUGGAAGUUCAAUAUACACAAUUGUCCUGUCCAUUGUUCUUCCGAUCGUGCUGGAAUCCCUUGGCAUCAAGUACACGUUUCUUAUCCUCGGAGGUUUGUACUGCUUGCCGCUGCUGGGCACUCUGACUUGGAAACCACUUUUUCACAGAGAGACGAGCAUCCCAGAACUGGCUUUGUCCAAAGAAAGCAUUGUAGAACAUGUGGAUGACUGCUGCUCUUGGACAAAAGAGUUCCUUAAUUUGAAGAUCUUCAAAAAUCGUGCAUAUCUGAUUUGGUUUUUGGGACUUUCCGUUGCACUAUUCGGAUACUUUGUGCCAUUUGUACAUUUAGUAAAACAUACCCAAGACAACUUUCCCACGUCAAACGCGUUUAUUUUGAUCACCUGCAUGCAAGUCACAUCCGGUGUUGGUAGAUUAUUAUUUGGAAAAUUGGCGGAUUUGGAAUGGGUGAACCGAAUUUACAUGCAGCAGACCGCUUUCGUGGUGAUGGGUGUAGUAACAGCAUGCAUUCCUUUCUCGGCCAGUUUCGAAGGAUUGAUAGCUAUUUGUCUUAUUUUGGGAAUCUGCGAUGGGAUAUUUGUAUGCUUGCUAGGACCUAUUGCAUUUGACAUCGUUGGUCCCAUGGAAGCAUCACAAGCUAUUGGUUUUAUGCUUGGCGGGUUUUCUAUUCCAUUUACUGUUGGUCCUCCAAUUGCAGGUUUAUUAUACGAUAAACUACACACGUAUGAAGUGGCGUUUGUGGCUGCGGGCGUGCCUCCUAUUGUGGGUGCCAUUAUGAUGUGUUUAAUUCCAAGGGUCAAGCAGAGUUAUCCUGCAGUGACAGAAACGCAUACGUUUGCCUCUUUCUCAAUGUUAGAUGUUUAUCACGCCAGUACCAGCAGAUCAGCUCAAUUAAAUCAACUUAACCAAGUGAACGGAGUGAACCCACAUCAAGGUACGACGUCGGAACUAGAGGUUGUACGAAUAGUAGAACUCCCGGACCCGAAAGACCUCGAAGGUACGAGGCUUCUAGACUCGCAGAACAACGAUAUUAAAUAUAGAAGAAACAAUUCUGGAAGUUCUAAUGUGAGCGAAAGUGAUAUGUCACAACGAGAUUCGGAAUCACUUUUGGGUACGGACACCAGUUGAUUAACUCCAUUGUUUUGGAAGUGACGGUUAUUGUUCUUUUGUUUUAUAUGUACCCUGGUCAUUAGAUGUGCAUGGUAUUCCUUUCGUGCAUGUAAAAGGGUUUGUAAUGUAGUAGAUUGUGUGUAUAUACCCAGAGCGUCUCGAAUCGCUAAGAACGUACUUUUAGCCGAAAAUAAUGGAAAUCAUCCUAGGUUUUUAACGUUGUUUGCAAGAAAAAGAAAGAUUUUAUGGUUCCAUUGUUUCAAGAUUGCGUGUUUAAUGGGUAUCUUGAAGAAAAAAAGGGGUUUUUUUUUUGCCAGAAGCAACGAAUAUUUUUAUUUGAGUGUCUCGCUUUAUUGUGCAGCAGGUCUGUUGCUAAUGUAGAUGUUUAUAUUGUUGUGAUUCCUGAUGAAUGGGUCAUGGGAGUUAUAUUUUGGUUGCUGAUAGAAAUGAAAUAUGUUUAAAAUACAUUAUGUAUUAUGUUAUUUGAAUGAAUUAGUUUUGCAGAUAA